AUGUUCUUCUACUUCCUUUGCGCUCUUCUACUGCUCAACGCUUUCUCAACUGAGGCAGAGGAAUGCGCGGACAAGUCGGUUAAUACUAGAGCAGGGGCGAGAUUCUGCGAAUUCAUGGCAUCUAAGAACCCAGAAGGGAAGGUACUCUGCACAGCCGAAGGCUAUGAGGAAGUUGCUAAAGAGUACUGUGCAAAAACAUGCAACCUUUGUUAA